AGGGAGGCUCAAGAUUCAGCUUAAAUUCAACAGCGAUGGCAUCUAGCUGGGGACAUGAGGUUGUGGGCGACAAGAACAUGUUUUCUUUGCCUAUACUUUUGCACAGGAGCAGGUGAUGAAGCCAUCCCUGACAAAGUGGGCGUUGAGGUGCACCUUUCCAAGCAGGAGAGAGCGGCACUCAAGAAGGUCGAGUGCAGCAUGUGCACUGCGAUUAUCAGCGAGAUGCAUGCAGAGGUGGCACGGCACAGCAUGAUUAGCAAAGGUGUUGGGUCUGAAGACCAAGUUUGGGAGACCUCGAAUGCCAUGUGCUUGGCCUUGCUUCAGAAAUAUCAGCUGAAUUUGGGCAGCGAGCCCAGCCUGCAGAAGAAGGAGGAGGAUGAUGAGAUGGCGAUGGCAGCUGCUGCUGAAGCCGGAAGGCAGCAUGACUUCAUGCGUGCCAUGUUGGUCCUGAAAAUGGGGUGCCAACAAUGGUUGGAAGACUAUGGUGGUGAUACUUCUGGAUUCAUUUUCAAGUCCGUGAAGGAGGGAUCUCAAUCGCCGGCGGGGGCAGCGAAGGAGUUCUGCGUUCGAGCGAGGCAAUGCGGCAAGGCCAAGGACCGGAAGAAACAGCAAAAGGCCAAAGAGAAAGAACGCUUGAAACAGCGCAUGAAGAUGGCAGAAGAGGCCGAGAGAAAAGAAGCGGAACAACGCAAAGAUGAUCCGAUGAGUUCCUUGCCAGAAGAUUCCAAGUUGGGUAUCCAGCGCAUGCUUGAGAUGGCACGAGAUGAUCCCCUACAUUAUUUGGAGGAUGAUGCCAAGGAGCGUGUGCAGAAAGCUCGUCACGACCUGCGCUGUAGCGUGUGUGGCACCAUCUUGCAAGAUGCGUUCCAGACGCUGAAAGCAAGGCCAAAGAGCCUGCAGAGUGAACAUGAGAUCUUGACGAUCAUGGAGAAGAUCUGCGAGGGAGGCGCCGAUCGCUCGCUCCCCAGCUACUUUGGCAUCGAUCCGCCCCCCUUGCCUCCAAGAUGGACCGACCACUGGCGUCCGGUCCGGACGGAGAAGGGCUUCGUGUUGAAAGGCUGGAAAAAGGGGGCCGCCAAGCGGCAGAAGUGGAGGAAGCUCGCAGAGGAGGGGAAGCAAAAGCCAGUGGGGAUCGAUGAAAACGAGCAAGAUAUGAUGCUGACGAUGACGUGCAAGGACAUUUUGGAACCCGAGCGCUUCUCUGAGUCGCUCUUCCGCCACAUGACCUCCUGUCAGGCACAGGAGGCCUGCCACGCUGCAAGCGCUGCUGCCAACGAGGUGUGCCGCGCGGCUUCUUCCGGUCGGCCGUGCGUCGAAGGGAAGUCAGAGCUAUGAAGGAAUGAACAGCUAUGAAGGAUUCCUUCCUAUGGGGACAGAAUGGGAUGGAUAGAAUGUAGAUCGUUUGUUCGGCCCGGUGCUGCGAAGAACGUGGGCACGCCAAAGAA